AUGGUUAAGGAAACCAAGUAUUACGAUGCUUUGGGCGUGUCGCCAUCAGCCAAUGAAAAUGAAUUGAGAAAAGCAUACCGUAAGGCAGCUUUGAAGUAUCAUCCUGAUAAGAAUCCUUCACCAGAAGCAGCCGAAAAGUUUAAGGAGAUUUCUCAUGCUUAUGAUAUUUUAUCUGAUGAGCAAAAGAGAGAAAUAUAUGAUUCUUAUGGUGAGGAUGGGUUAAGUGGUCAAGGUGGUAUGGGAGGUGGUAUGGGAGCUGAUGAUAUCUUUUCUCAAUUCUUUGGUGGAGGCUUUGGUGGCGCUGGAGGUGGUGCAUCGAGAGGUCCUGCAAGAGGUAAAGAUAUCAAACAUCUGAUCACAUGUACUUUGGAGGAAUUAUACAAAGGUCGUACUGCUAAAUUAGCAUUGAAUAAGACCAUUUUAUGUAAGGCAUGUGAUGGUCGUGGAGGUGCUGAAGGUAAGAUUAAACAAUGUUCAUCAUGUCAUGGUCAAGGGAUGAAAUUUGUUACUAGACAAAUGGGUCCAAUGAUUCAAAGAUUCCAAACUGUUUGUGAUGUCUGUAAAGGAGCUGGUGACAUUUGUGAUCCAAAGGAUAGAUGUAAAGAAUGUCAAGGUAAAAAGACUCAAAGUGAACGUAAAAUCUUACAAGUUCAUAUUGAUCCAGGUAUGAAAGAUGGUCAAAGAAUUGUUUUCUCUGGUGAAGGUGAUCAAGAACCAGGGAUUACUCCAGGUGAUGUUAUCUUUGUGGUUGAUGAAAAGCCUCAUGAACUUUUCACUAGAAAGGGUGCUGAUUUAUAUUAUGAAGCCACUAUUGAUUUAUUGACUGCUUUAGCUGGUGGAGAGUUUGCCUUUAAACAUAUUUCAGGUGAUUAUAUCAAGGUUGCUAUUUUACCCGGUGAAGUGAUUUCUCCUGGUGCCAUUAGAGUUGUUGAGAAUAAGGGUAUGCCAAUUUAUAGACAAGGUGGUCAUGGUAAUUUGUUUGUUAAGUUCACUGUUAAGUUCCCUGAAUCUCAUUUCGCCGAAGAGGACAAAUUGAAGUUGUUGGAACAAGUGUUACCUGCUAGAACUGCCGUGAAUAUUCCAAAGGGUUCAGACGUUGAAGAUUGUGAUUUGGUUGAAGUAGACGUAAGAAAACACCAACAACAAAACAGAAAGUCUGCCCAUGAUUCAGAUGAUGAAGAAGGUGGUCAACCUGGGGUCCAAUGUGCCACACAAUAG